AUGGAUAGAAAAGUUGACGCUUUAAUUUCCUGGUUGAAAGAAUCCGAUGGGUUUUAUUUAAAUGAGAAAAUCAAUGUCUCUGAGAUAGAAAAUGCAGGUAGAGGUGUCGUGCUUGUUAAGGACCAAUUGUCCAAAAAUGAAAGAGUUGUAUCGAUCCCCCCGUCACAUCAACUUAAUUUCCAUACUGUCAUUUAUCAUAUUUCCAAAUUUAAUCCGUCAUUAGAUAUCCCUGGUGUCACCUAUCCACAUGAUGAAGCUGUAGAAAUAAAUCCGGAAAAUGAAGAUGAUCCAAGAUAUAAGAUAUAUGGUGAUUUUUCGAAAUACUACUUAUUGUCCUUAAAUUCGUUUCAACUACUAUCACUGUAUGUUUUAAUUGAAAAAGUAUUAUUACCACUCUGGUCUGAUAAUCAAGUGGAAUCAUUUUGGAAACCAUUUUUUGAUGUUUGGCCCACAAAGGAUGAAUUAUUCACAAUGCCAUGUAUUUGGGUGGAGGAUAAAAGUGGUCAAUAUAAAAAUACUAUGAUUGCACAUCCACCUCAUUCACUGAAACUAAUGGAAAAGAGAAGGAAAGUAUACCACAAGGACACAGUCAAUUUAGUUCCUAAGAUCAUGGAAAUUAAAGAUAAAUACUUUAAUGAUAAGCCAUUCCCUGAUUCAGUUUUAUUGAAUGAAGAGAUUUUGAACAUUUAUUUUAAUAUAAAUUCGAGAUGUUUGUAUGUUAAUAUUCCAUUAAAGAAAUUUCAAAAUAAUGAUGACCAUUUCACGUUGGCACCAUUUGUUGAUUUCUUAAAUCAUACCCCAGAAACUGAUCUUCAUUGUUAUCCUGCAAGGCCAAAAGAUUUGCUAGGCAAUAAAAUAAGCAAUUUUACAAUUAUGAGUGGUGAAUAUCAAUAUAAGAAAAUAAAUGAAGAACUUUUCCUAAACUAUGGUCCUCAUUCUAAUGAAUUCCUACUCAAUGAAUAUGGAUUCGUGUUACCUGAAAAUAAAUGGAAUUCAGUGGACCUUACAGCUGAGUUAGAAGAACAAUUGAUUUCAAGUGGCUGUAAGCCAUUUUUGAGGAAACACGGAUACUGGGGUAAUUACAUUAUGUCACUAGAAACUAUUGGAUUCACAACUUUAGUAGCAUUUAGUUUCUUGGUGACGAAAGAUGUUAGACGAGUGGAAAGGUUAAUUGAAGGCCAUAUUUCUGAAGAUUAUUUUAAACCAAUUAUUGCCAGGAAAUUUAAAGAUUUCCUCUCAUAUUUGUUGCAGAAGAAUUUAAAGAAUUCGGAAAAGAUUAAACAACAACGUGAACGGGUCACUAGCGAAAAGGAGAAGAUUUGUCUCGAUAACGUAAUUCAACUUUAUCUCGAUGAAUAUAAAAUUGUAAGCAGUCAUCUGGAAGAUUUCAAACGUAUAAUUGAUGAAGAUGACAUUUAA